AUGAGUCUCGAGCGGAGGAUCGAUGAUGUCCAGAAUGUUCGAAGCAAGCGACGGCGUCUCAGCCCCGCAGUGUCGGAUCUGAUAGACAGCGGCAGCGAAGAUCGACGGGCCUCCGGGAACACCGACAAACGCUCUGCAUCUUCAUUCUCCUCGCAGGCCGUUUCUCCUACCAGUCAUCUAUCGCCGCAGCCUCAGGAGCAGGAGGAGCCGCGGUCCAGUGGCAUAUUGAAUCUGAUCGAGAUGACUACCAAUCCUCGGACGACUCCCGUCCCGAUCAGAAAUACGCCUUCACGCACGUACGAAGCACGGUCAUCCGGCUUCCUUGCGCUGGACCUAGCACACCGUCUUGGCAAGAAUGGAAAGCAGUCCAGUGAUACCAGUCGCCAGCACUCAUAUCCGCCAGCGCAUUCUGCUUUUCAGCAGAGUCCGCCAGACUACUCACAAUCCGACUCGGAUACUGCUUUGCGGAGGGGAAGUCCAGUCAACGGCACACUCAAAUCGACGCUGUCCCAGUCCAUGUCGCCACGCAAGCGAAAGCUACCGAUUGCAUUGGAUGUGCUCGCCGAUGUGAGUAUGGCAAGCCCAAUGGUACACGGAUAA